AGUGGCUUGAGAUCCUGCCUAUGAUUCAGAAGAUGGAGAAUAAUUUUCCUUCUGAUGAAUAGCAUUAUUGACUUAUGGAGGAUCCCCAGCUCCAUGUCUAUGGUACUGGACAUGACCUUUGCCAUUAUACUUGGAGUGGGGAUCUUUUACCUACUAAUCCCUUUCCUGAAGGAGUAUCCAGAGUCACCACCAUCUGGGAGCAAAACAAACAUCCGAAAGGUGGUGAAGAUGGGGCAGAGGAAGGCCAGUAAGGAAACUGCUACUUUAACAGGUUACAGAAACUUCCAAAAGAAUGCACAGGAUGCCCAGAAUGCAAUAUGGCCUGUGGAAAGCCCAACUCAGUAUCAUUUACUGGACUCCUCUCCUCAUUCCUCUUGUCAUUCUAAUAAGAAACUGAAACAACUUUCCCUCCUUCAGCUGUUUUCUAAACUCAAGGUAUUAGAAAACCGCAUACAGCAACUUUUAGGAAGUAUACGUUCUGAGUUCACUGAUUCAACUGUGCCUACUGUCUGCAACUCCAGAAAAUCCCCAAGCGAAAGUAAAACAGUGAGGUUUAGUAGUAAACUUGACAGUGCCCAAGCUCUAGGUUUAGCUAAAGAACCUCCACAGUUUUGUCAGGACCAGACAUUGUCCUACCAACCUGUGCCACCAAGCUUGGUAGGUGUGACAGAGGUUCAGGAACAAGAAAACCUCCCAAGCUCUAUACCAAAACAAACACCUCCUUCUUUUCAGUGUAGGGUCCGUAGAAAAGUCCUUCGCAACACUGAUAUAGGGAUACAGACAUCCCUUCCAUACAUAAAUGAACCAGGUCAACCUGAGCUGAAUUGGAAAUAUAUUACUGGUUGUGAUGUCCAAAAAUGCCAAAUAGCCUUUGACCAACCCAUUGACAACUUGUCCAAGGGCACCCUGCCCAUUAAAGCUAUCCAGUCAGUCUUCAUCCUUCCUGAGCAUUAUCAAAUAGUCUACCAUCAUGAGGACCCACAGCAGGAAGAGAAGGUAAUUAACAUGGGAGAACAACAAGAAAAACAUGUCAGAUUCCUCCCAUCUGAGGAACAGCCACAGCUUCAGGGAGCUUUCCAAACAAACAGCGGUGGUUAUUGCAAGAACCUGCCUGAACUCAACCAGCCUGCCCAGCCCUCCAUCCACAAUCCCGAAAAAUACAAGUGGAGCAAGAUGGUGGGGUCCGAACUCACAGGGAUGCUCUUAAACAAGGCCAAAACAAAGUUUGGCACACCUAACACCAUCAAGAAGGUCCUCAGUGUUAGUGUCGAAGACCUGACUCAGGCUUCAAGCAACACCCCUGGGAAGGGUCUGGAACUUGAAAACCUUCCCAUGAAGAGAGACAUGCUGUCCACUAAGAACACAACUGAAGACCUUUCCUUCCUUGAUCCAAAGACUCAAAUGAAGCUGGAAUUGAACAGCAUGCAGUUUCCCGAGAAACACAGAAUAUUGCCCAGUGUUUCUAAGGCGGAAUAUUAUUCAAAGGCUGCCAGGAUCCUGGAAAAAUUACAUCACCAGGAUCCAGGAGGGACAAGGAUAGAAACUGUGCAUUCUGCCAGACUGCGACACUCUUUUCCAGAGGUUCAGGAGAUCCAAAGAACCCCUUCACCUGCUGCCAGCCAUGGGCCCUCAAAGUCCCAUUCAGAUCAAGGGGAGAGAUAUUUUAAUGUUCAGCCAAAUGCUUUCUGGUCCCAGGAAAAACCCCAGCAGUGCAGGAGUAUUGUAGGAACUGGGAGAGGCAUCCUGAAAGGAAGUACCAGCCCCAAAAUGUCGAAACAUGCACCAUGGAAGAUGUCUGAGCAUGUGGUUUCAGGACAUCUCAGCUGGAAUGCAACAAGACCAGGCCCAGAAUACUGUGCCCCCUCUUCACAGGCCAAGGAAACCUACACAUUGAAAGUAAAAGAAAAGACACACGAAGAGAGGCCAGGGAUUUUGAAACGUGGAGGCAUAAACUCUUUGAAAGAAGAAAGUCCCCUACCAGUUACUGAACAGACAGGCAAGGUAGUAGAUGGAGUAAACCUUGUCUAUGGUAGUACAUUUGAAUUACAAGCCCUCAUUAAUGCUCUGGCUCAGAACCUGGAGAAAAGUGUAGACAACCCAUCAAAACUCAUCAUAGUUCCUGUGACCCAGGUACAAGAGGAUAAGACAGAAUCAGUGGAGGCAUUCCAGCUAGUUGGCUCUUCUCACUACUCUGAGGUCCUCCAUGAACCAAACCAUAGCACACUAGGAAGUGGAAUGAGCAGUAGCCACAGGAGUCCUGAGGAGCACAGUCAACAUUUCAAGUACAACAGAACUGAACAUAAGCUGCACUCAGGCAUCAAUGCCCAGAGAGCCUCGGAACAAGAUCAGAUCAAAGUGAAGGGAGGAUUAGGCUUUUUCCAGCUCCCCACUCCCAUGGGGAAUGACUAUCCUUGUAGUUACAGAGGAGAUGGUAACAAGCAGCAGUCCGGUCUUUCUGACCAGAAAUCCAGUGACCCAGGUCAAAGUGGAAUAAAAAUUGGAAUGGGAGACUCUCCACAUGGAAGCCCCAAGUGGCACAAGCACUCAUUCAGAUACACAGGAAUUAUAGACAAACAGGAGUCAGUUGUUGACCAUAAAGUUUUUGAUCCACAUCAAAAUACAAAGAAAGGAGUGGGCCGUGGUCCACUAAUGAUUCCCAAAGAUAACCAUCCAGUCAAGUACAGGGGAACUGGAGUCCAGGAGCAGUUUGCUCUUGUUGCCCAGGGAGCCUAUGACCGGAGGUAGACCUACCAGCAAAAGCCAAAGAACAAGUACCUCAGGCCAAACGGAAGAUGUCCCAUCUCCACAGUCAUUGUUUUCCCUUAUUGUUUCUUGGUAAUAAAUGCUGGCAUUUUUCCUGAAAAUAAAAAUGAAAAAUUGCA